CAAACAGUUAUUGUUUUUAUCAUGGCGUAAGUAAUAUGAGGUAAACCUACGAUGUCUUCUUAAAGUGAUGACAUUAAAUAAUAUCUCACUGUGUAUUUAAAAAAAAUGUGUUCCUGGAGUCCACGAAAGACAAAGGGUUAUUUUUCUGGAAGUUGUCACUAGAAACUGAAGGAAAAUGGUUUAUUGGGAGGUAAACCGAAAUCUUCUACCCAUGAAGGCACAUUACUUUUUUUGGAAUGCAGGUUUAGAGUUUAUCCAGCUGUCUGCAGCAUCGUCCAUUUAAGGCCUGAAAAAACACCUGUCCAUGGGCUGCAUCUUGUGACUGCUAUGUGUGGAGUAGGGUCUGUCACCAGUCGUGCCUUUCCUUUCAAUCUACGCUCGGCAACUGGGCUUCUCCAGCAUUGCUGUGGGGACCAUGUAUUCUGUCCUGCCUAUUCUGAGGAUGGUCUCCAAGCCAUUGUUUGGAUUCGUUGCCGAUCGUUUUCGGCUGCAGAAGACUCUCUUCCUUGUGUUUCAAACUAUCGUGAUGAUGUGUUUCUUCUUCAUCCAGUUCAUCCCGGAGAUACCAAAAACCACCCACAUUUCUCUGGACUGCGAUGCUCUCACUUACAUCAAGAAGUGUAAUGGUGGACCUGUGGAUGACAACAUGUUUGGCAAGUUAAAGGCAGAAGGUGCCAUUACCUGUCAGACGGUGUGUGUAGUGGACAAUGCACAAUUUAUGGGCGAGAUGUGUGCACAGUGGAGGACUCCCCAGUUUUGUGAUCCUGUCAUUCACCUGGAUCCAAACACAUCUCUAGAUGUUAACUUUCAGUCAUUUCUGUUAAUGGAGCACUCAGUGCAGGUUAAAAAUUGCCUUUUCUUCCGCGUCAACAAAGUAGUGUUUGAUGACAGUACCGAGCACACACCGUAUUGCAGUAACCUGACGUCUAUUCCCUGCACUGUCCAUUGCAGCAGCAUGUUGGUGAAUGAUAUCAUCGCAGAUGCUGCUCUCGGCAGUUCCAUGCUGGCAUUGCCCCAGUUCUGGGCCCUCUUAGUAGUCCUGAGUGUCUCCAUGAUUGCCAUAGCCUCUGUCACGAGUGUUGGCGAUGCUAUUUGCUUCAGCAUUUUAGGUGACAAGCGUAACAGAUAUGGAUACCAGCGCAUGUGGGGAGCAGUAGGUUGGGGUUUGAUGGCGAUCAUUGCUGGAUUAUUGGUUGAUGCAGUUAGUGGCUUGCAAGUGGAAAAAAACUAUUCCCCCAUUUUCUACAUGAGCGCCAUAUUUCUACUGUUCGACAUGUUAGCAUCUGGGCAGCUUAAGUACAGCCAACCUGCACCUUCUGGAAGUAUUGUGCAUGAUGUGAAGAAGCUAUUAAUAGAGCCUCGUAUAAUUGUAUUGCUGGUUUGGUGCGUGUGUGUCGGCCUCUCCAGUGGCUUCAUUAGGCAGUUUCUCUUCUGGCACUUAGAAGACUUAUCAAGUGAAGUGGAUCAGCGAUGGAUGAAAACACUUGAAGGUUUAUUGGUUGGUGUGCAGUGUUUUGGAGGAGAGUUACCAUUCUUUUUCUUAUCAGGCUACAUACUUAAGAAACUAGGACACGUACAUGCCAUGUCAUUAGUUCUGCUUGGCUAUGGUAUUCGUUUCCUUCUCUAUGCGUCACUCUCCAAUCCAUGGUGGUUUCUGCCAGUUGAAAUGCUCCAGGGCAUUACAUACGGCAUCUUCUACUCUACUAUGGUUUCGUACGCCAGCGUUGUGGCUCCUCGCGGGGCUGAAACAACAGUCCAAGGAUUGGUGACUGCGGUGCAUGAAGGCGUAGGAAUGUCUCUCGGUAAUCUACUGGGAGGAGUACUGUAUGAAAGUUACGGUGGCGGUCAAGCAUUUUUCAUUUAUAGCAUCAUGUCAAUUGCUAUUUUCUUUGUGCAUGUUUUCGCCCAAAUUUAUUUGAAAUCUCCAAACCUCAAAGUCACAGAAAACGACUACACUGCACAUUAUGCUGCACCAAAAGAUGCUAUCUCGAUUGGUCAAGAGAUGGAGGAAAUCCACUGAAUUAUAUGUUAUUAUUUUGAUGAAGAAUGUUUAUUUUCACUGCUGUAUGUCAAACUGCUGUGGGAAUUUGGUAAAGUUCAUGAACAUGUGGGUAUUUGUGACUUUUUUUAAUGUUCACAAUUUCUUAAGGGAUAUUGGUGUUGAAACUAAAAUUCAACCAGUUGGUCCCAAGCUAGGUGAAUGUAGUAGGUAUUGUAAUUUUUCAUGUUUAAAUACUAUUAAUAUUUUUGUACAGCCUGUGGAUUAACAUCCGUACUUAAUUUACCAAAGAAUGCCACACAUUGACAUUGUACAUCUGGGAAAACUGGCAAAAACAUUAGCUUUUGGAUCUGCCAUCUCUCUCUGAAGACCGUAAUUUUUCGUUGUAGCUGCAGUUAGAUUAUUGCAGGUUAAAGUUCUGUCUCAAGAGCUGUAUGGCUAUUUAAUUUCUUUGUCAUUUCUAUUAUUUAAAGAAUAUUUCUGUAAAUUUAUCACUAUAACUUUUUCACGUUUGUUGUUCAUUUGCAAAUUUUGCUACUAGAUAUUUACUAAACUUUAUUUGUGAGCUGUAAAGAGCCAUGCAAGUCAUAAAGUGAACAUAAUUAUCAAUACUUACAUAACUUUUAACUUUUAGAUAAAACUUGUAACAAUUUUUUGACAAAACUUGGAAUGAAACAUAAAAUGCAAGAGAGUGAACGUGAUUAAUUUACAGUAAUGGCCCUUAUAUAAUAGUAAUAAUAAUAAGAAAAAUUAGGAAGCUCAAAAAAGAUGAGUCUAAUAGUAUCUUGGUUUGUCAUCACUGAGCAUUGCAAUAAGAACCAAACAAGAGAGACUGUGCAUGUUUGUCACUCAUUCCCUCCCACUUCCUACCUCCUAUCUUCCUUCACUCUGUUUUGUGCAGGCUGAGUGGUAACUGUUGUGUGUGUGUGGUGGUAUCAGUGUCGAGUAUCUGGAAUUAUUCUCUCAUUUGCUUUUGAUACUGACACCGUCAAUAUCGGCAUCACUAUCACCUUAGCACCAAAUCCCUCUGUACAGUUGCUUUCAGAUGAAGGGAACUCUGUACAUAUCUGUACAGUCUUUGAUUACCAAUGAUACACAUGUUGUUAGAUGAACAGUGAAUACCAGUGCUUGACCACAUGCAAAAGCCUGUGCUUUCAUUGGUUGCCAUCUCAAGUUUGCUGUGAACCACGCUCUUCCGUUCGUGGACCAGCUUUCCUCCGUAUUUGUUUGUGUGAAUCCAUCUCAUUCCUUGUCUAUAGUGUCAGUGUGUCUAAUCCUUAGUUUCUCUUUCCAAUACACAAUUUCUGUCACUAGUGCUGGCCUUGUUUUGGUGUGCAUUUUUUCCAGAUAUAGGCAAGAGAGCACAAAAGUUUUAAACACAACGAUGUUUCAGAAAAAUUAUUUCUGUAGUUCAUGAAAUAUUAUUGAAAUAAAAUUGGAAUUAUAUGUCAUAAAGGAUAAUUUUGGAUGAGAAUUUGGGAUUUUUUUUUUUUCAAAAUCAUAAUAUGUUAUUAUUUCUUAGGAUAGACAACCGAAAGUUGCCAUCUUGAUUUCAAAUGCCUUGUUAAAAACUUAUUUUUUACAAUUUAGUAUCAAUAUUUUGGCUGUCGUCAAGCAUAGAACAUGAGUUAAUGGAACACCUGAAAUUAAUAGUGACAGACUGCUACAAAUAUUUUCUCACGUGAAAUAAUUGGUAUUUAUUUAGUUAUAAAUUUGUGGCAUGCCCACCAACAGUUAGGAAACUUUUGAGGUGAGCACGACAUAAAAAAGACAACAAACAAAACACUUAUAAACAAUUACAAAUUGACAAAGCAGGCCCUACCAGUUGGUAGGCACCACCCACAGACAGGCACCACAUGCUGGGAAAGCUCUGCCCGCAGGUAGGCGUUACAAACACACAGCAACUACAACAGACAGGACAUUUACUUCAGGAAGAGAUGAGAUUAUUCAAGGACAAGAACAAAUUAUGGGGAAAAAAAAAAAAAUUAGUUUUUUUUUAUAAAAUAAAGACUCGAAACAAAAAAAUAAACAAAAAUUAAAAAUAUUUGGUGGAAAAAAUUAUUAAAAUCACAUAAAAAAGCCUCUAUAAUAACCAAAUUUUAAAACAAAAUAUAUUUCAAUUUUGAGCCAAUUAAAAUUUUUUAAACAUUAAAUUACUCAAUUGUAAAGGAAAAUAUUGAAGUGUACUUCGUUCUAAGAUUUGUUAUGAUAGAGGCUUUUCUUUUGUGAUUUUAAAAAUUUCAUAUUUUUUUAUUUAUUUAUUUUGUUUAGAACCCUUAUUUAAAAAAAAACAGUUUGCAAUUUUUUUUAUUAAACUAUACACUAUAUUGACUAUUUCUGUACAUUCAGGUCUCGUUAAUGAAAAAUCCAGCCGACAAAAUCAACUCCAUAGAUUCCUGUCAGGUUGAUUAGAUUCCAUUAUUGUUUUUAUAUUCUCGUCAUUCAUGCACGAUGCGACCUUUCCUAUCCUUCUAAAACAUGCCUUCACAUCUCCCUCAAACUUUAUUCCUAGCCAUUUUUAGUCAUAUAUGUACAGUACUGGCAUUCAUGGUAGGCUAUAAUAAGCAGCACCGAUGAGAAUGUACUGCUACUUUAUUCCUUUAUCAACAUAAGUGAAACCCCAUUACAGAAUAGUCCACUAAAGAGGAUUUCUCACUUUAAAGAAUAUAUUUUCAGGUCCCAACAAGGUGUUUUACAUUUAGUAACAGUUCAGUACAAAGUAUUUUCUUUAUUAAGUAUUAAAAAAGUUAAUUUUUCCUGUUACGUUGUAAUGAAAUUUUACUGUACCUUUUAAAGUAAUUUAGGCUUUCACAAUAGUUUCUUUAUUCUUAAUACGAUUCCUAAUUUUACCUAUGAAUUUAUAUCUCACAUAUCAUUGCUCUGAAAUGAGGUAAGUUUAUGUAAAUUCUAUAUAACAAGUCACAUUUUCUGAAUCAAAUGUAAUGUUUUUAUUUGCUGUGGUAUACAAAAUGUAACUAUUUUGUCUGUAUGUAUGCUUUUUUUCAUGUUUGUUUUUAAUAAUUCUUAAAUGUUAACUUAGUAUUGUUUUAAAAAAGUAUGUCCAUCAGUAAUUCAACUGACUUAUUUGCAUUAAUGCACAUUAUUUGUGGCAUAAAUGAAUUGUUACGAACUGACUGAACAAAAUUUAUUAUUUCAACUUAAAUUAGCUAAGUACUUAUUAAAAAAACUAAUCAAUAACACAAGAUUAAUUUAAGGUAUUCACUUCUUUUGUCAACACGCCAUUACUGUUUGUUAUUUGAACGAUUCUACAGGUUUUGCUCGAACAGUGAUUUAGUACAGUAUGCCACUGUUGUCGCUCUUUGCUGUGUGUUAAAAAAAAAAAAGCCUUGAGUUGACCAUUGGUAUAUUCAUCUGUGCCUGAGGACAGUUCCUGAAACAUUGCAACUGUUGUCGUAGAAGGAUUACUUUGUUCGUCUGUUCUGUGAUCGUUGUGGUGUCCAGAAUAUCUGUUUUGUCACGUAGCUGGGUUCACAUGUGCGUCUCUAUGUGGUCGUUGUGUUCUGAGUGUUUGCAUAUUUAUCUUUUUUUUGUCUGUUAUUGAGGUUUCUUAUGACUUACAGUGUAUUCAACAAUGAUGUUAUGCCCAAGAGCAACAGUUGAGUAAAACCUGUAGAGUCAUUCAAAUAACACGUAGUAAUGAUUUUUUUUUUUUUGGCAAAAAGAUUGGUGUAUCCAUAAUGAAAUGGUAUAACAGAGUACUCCUAUCCCUCACUUAGCACGUCUUCAGAUUGCGCGGAUUCAUUUAGCGCAAAGUGAAUUUUACUGACCCAGGCUUGAAUAGCAUGUCUGUAAAUUUCAGUUAACACGAAAUCUCCGCAGGCAAAAAAAAAGUCGGGCACGAUGCCACAAAGUCUGUUUCAACUUCUUUCAGAUGCCGGUAACUAUACGUGCUUGAUCACUCAUAAUGCAUCGUGUUCAAGUACUUGAGACCUAACUAGAAGUAUUACGGCACUCAGAUUGUCAUGAAGGCCACGCUUAUGUUGGUCGCACUUUAGUAUUAAGCAAGUCAACUGUGCGCACAAUCAUACGAAAUAAGGACUUAUCAAAAGUUUAUAUAAGUCUGAUGCUGUUGGUUGUAUGUACUUGUGGGAAUAUAUUUGACAUUAGAUACCGGAACAGAAAUUAACAGAUGAUUUACAUGGAAAAGGUUUUAAAUGAAUGUUGCAAUGAAAAAAAUAAUCAUUUGCCUGACAGGCUGAUACGAAAAUAUGCACGUUAAUUUUUGAAAAAUAAAAUGUAAUUAUCAGGGCAGUAAUAUCGGUUUCACUGUAGGUAAAGGAUUGUUUGGAAAGGUACGCGACGUGAGUUGAAGGUCACGCCCGGGCGGGCAAGUCAGCCAACCGACUGACGACAAAGUAAAUAACCACAUAUCUCGCAUUAAGGUGGGUUUACAAUUGAAAAUUAAGAAUUAAGAUUCAAGACUUAGUCGUGUACUUACCAUAUGACUAUGUUAACUAGUGGAAUGGUUUAUGAUUGUCGUGUGUGAAUUUUGAUGGGUCGUGUGCGAACCAUAUUAUGACUUAAGGCUUAACAGAAAUGGUUAUAUUUUAUAUUUUUCGUUAAGACUUAAGGGAAGCGACCAAUCACAACAAACCGGAACCUUUCAACCGGAAGUUUAUGUCUUAUUAUUGGACCGAGCGAGGCAGUAUUUUGGGUUAGAAUUCGUAUAUUUGUCAUUUGUAAUCAUCAUCCAUUUCGAAAAAUAGAUAUCCGAUUUGUCAAUAACCUAUUUCAAACCUGCUUCUCCGUUUCGAACAAUGGCCGACCAUGUGUUUUGUGCUGUGAUUGGUUAGAAUUAACGACUUCUAUGUCAAUCAUAAACUGGAAAAUGUAGUUUUGACUUAAUCGUGUGCUCGAUGUUAAGUUAUAAUUCUUAAGGAAAUCAAUCGUAAACCCAGCUUUACGCGGUGUCGUUUUUGUCAUACGAAGUGCGAUGGUAGGCAUAUAAAGAUUAAUGGUGUAACAUAUUUAUAGUUGAGUGUUAUUCUAUGCAUUUAUAUUACUUAAAGUAUAUUUUCCUACACUAUUUUGGAACACAUAAAAUAAAUUAGCCUUGCUAUUUAUGGAAACUAAUGCUUCAGAAUACGCAAUUUUGAAUAACAAGAGCAUUUUUAGAAAUUAAUUAGUCAUGCUAAGCAAAUACUGUAGAGGGAGAAUACAGGACAGCUCUAUACUAAUAGCACAGCCGCGCGGGCGAAGAGCGUCAGCGCUGCUACCUAGCAGCUCGGCGUGAUAACAGCACCCACGGCCAUGCAUUUCAAGCCUAAAAUGUAUUAACUUCAACUCGUCAUUGCACCUAGACUAAUCAACAGAUUCUUUUGAAAAAAAUUGUGUUGAACCUCGUAUUAUUGGCGGCCAUGUAGAAGUAAAUUUAUUUGCUGAAAAGUUAGUUGCUUUCGAUGUAAAAAAUAGUUAACAAUGAACAGCAUAUUUUCAAGGAAAAUUGAAGUAAAAAUUUUCAAGGCAAUUACAUUGCUAAUCAUCGUUCAUUUAGGGAAUUAUAUAAUGAAUUAAUUAAAUUAUCCAAAUUUUUUAGCCACUAAAUACUAUUGAUUUGCUAUCGUUCAAAAGCCUAUUGGUUAAAAGUUUUUUUUUUAUGAAUAUGUGCAAUAUAAUGAGUACAGUUGUUCAUAUAGUGUAUAAUACGUAUAUAAUAAUUAUAUGUACAGUUAACAGAGAUUUGAGCACGAUAUUAUGAAAUUAAAUAACAUGGACAUUUAAAUAAUAUUGAAAAUUAAAGGGAGAUGAAAAAAUACAUAAAUAUUUCAGUAUGACAUAAAUAUGUAGAAGUACAUAGCAUUUGACACAAUGUAAAUAAACAAUAUAAUCCUUAAAUUAGAACUUACAAUUGCACUAUCUUAAGCUACCAUAAAUAUUAAAUAUGUAUUAAUACCUCGAUACUUUAAAAUAAUAAUAUUUAAAUAAAUGCAUUAUUACAAUGGUACCAGAGCUAGAAAAUGUUUUACAAGAUUCACUUCCAUUGUAAAUGAAAAAGGCAAAUACAGUAAACUCUCGCAAAUCCGUGGGUGUCGGGGAUUUAUGACCUUCGGAUUUUUGAAAACUUCGGAUUUUUGAAAAAUUUUCAUUAAAAUACAAAAAAAAAUUCUAAAAGAUAAGAUGGUAGUCAAUGAACAUGUAAUACUACCACAGGACGUCAUAAUAAACAAGACACUUGAGAAGUUAACAGAAUGGUACGUAAGCAAUACCAGUAUAGUCCAUUCAUAGUAAAUGAAGCACCCGAGAAAUUUUUUUUCCUGAAAAUUUACAGCCUGGCCUGAUUAAAUUUAACACACCCAUUUGUUCAAGUUGGUAGUAAAUUGUGUAUAAAGUAAUUUAAAGUCAUCUUAAAUUAAAUUAAUGGCACCCGAAGUCGCACUUUGAUGUGAAAGAGCUAGGCGUAGCAAUGUGGCGUGCGCUGAAACGGGAAGCCCCUUGAUAAGGGGAAGUGAAUUUAGGAGGGGCGGGAGAGAGAAGCGAUACGUAGCUGGCAAGAGACUCAAGGCCACUCCAUCACAGACACACGGCCAGUCCAGUUAAACUAAAGAGAAACGGGAGAAAUAAAAAAAAAAUCAUUAGUUAAUUGUACACUAGAACCAUCAAGAAAUCUGAAAUUUUGGCACAAAACAAAAAUAAUCGGGGAAAAAAUGGUAAAACUCACAAUAAAAGCUUAUACAAAGCUAUUAUUUAACAUGCAGCAUAUAUUUUGUGUUGGUUUAUAGUGCACUUACUAAUGUUCGUAUAAGAAGAGAAAAAAAAUUGGACAGUCCGUUUAAAAACACGGCAGCAGUAGCUUGUGCGACGUAAGUGGGAGUGCGAGAAUCUCGUCUAGACAGGCUGGCGGCUGCAAAGGCAGCGGAUGCAUGACGUCAUACGGCUUACCUCUCCCUCCCAGACAACAAACCAUCUCUCUCCCUCUCUCCAGCCCUCUAGCCAUUUUCUGCGUGUGAAACUGUCAACAUCCUUCCUCCCCUACUCCACACUGCAUGCGACGAAAGCCAGGUUGUAUAGUCCAUUCCCGGUAAAAUGAACAUUUUUUUAAGGCCCCCCACGGCAGCCAUUUACCGUUAAUUUUUUGAUACAAUUUGUUUGUUAGUUACAGAACAUUAUUUCUGCUGGAAAAUCUCUGAAACUUCAAAAUUUCUUUAAUGGAAAAAUUUAGCAGGGCGGUUAGAGUAUUUAUUUUUACCGCAAAUGAACUAUACUCACCUUCCCUCAUGCCAGCAUUCCCGGCGUGUGACGCAUGACAACUACAGUCGUGUGCCGCGCACAGCUAGGAAACUUGUCACUGGCAACAUGUUUCACACACUGACACACGGUGCCCAGAGCUUCAGGAAAACCUACGCGAUUUCCAACCUACUCUAAAUAUCCGACUGGAGUCUGUUUACGAAAAGCAUUUAAGAAUUUGCUAAUGCCCAACUUUUUUUUUUAUAUCGGAUUAAGAGGAGUUAAAAUGGCUAAAAGGCAUGGUUUUGAAGUUUUAGGUGUAAAAAACAGUUAAAAAAUUUCUUGAAAGCACCAGAGGAAAAGGCAUUACACCUUUAUCUUUAUUUUCCCGCCAUAUAAUGUUACGGUCACCGCUCAAAUUUCACAGUUAUCUGACGGGAACGAGAUGACUGCGCGCCAGUUCAGAGCCUUUUACCGCGCUAUAAAUAUCAGUGAGCGUCGCUCUUAUCAUCCACUGAGAAUAGUGAUACAUACAUCUAAACAGUAACGAUCAUGUCACUUCGGAAAUACCCCGGAUUUCUGAGAACUUCGGAUUCUCGGGCCACGGACUGGCGAGAGUUUACUGUAAUAUACAAGAGACGAAUAUGCUUGUAAAAUUUUAUCCAGCUGUACCUAAAUAGGUAGCAAGAAGUUUAUUUUCCCCGAUCAUACCUUAUAACCACUGCUAUGCUAGAUAUUCCAUACAAUUUACAUGUGCAUGGCUUUUUUUGCUUUUUUGUUUUCUUUACUCCGGGUUCUCCCACAUUCAUCGUAAAACAAAUAUUUUAAUGUCAUAAUCAAUUGUUUUAUAAAAGGUGUAAACCAUGCUUUUGCGAGGAAAUACAUUAUCUGAAAAGGAAUUGCGUGAAAAUAAGAAGAAUAAAACAAAGCAUAAAAUCACUAAAAUAUCAACAAACCAAGAAAUAAGGCAUAUUUAGUUAACAAUGAAAGCGGGAAGUGGGAAAUAUUACAACUCACGAUAGUAUGUUUUUCUAAAUAAAUAUUUUGACUUGGGGAAAAAUUUUACGUUCUAUAAGGCAAUAGAAUUGAAAAAAAUAUAUAUUUAAUAAUAACAGGGUUCUUACAGGAACUUACAAUUAACUUUCAAGGACUUUCCAAGGACUUUUCAAGGACUGUACAAUAAUUUUUCAAGGACCACAGUAAAAAUAAAUUAUAUUAGCUACAUCAAAUUUUUACUUAAGUAAGUCAAAUUAUUUUUAGUUUCGCAACAUUUCUAUUUCUGCUUUUGUAUUUUUAGUAUGUUAAGUAUGUUUUUCUACUAAAUUUAAUCCCUACCUAAAAACCUACGUAACAUUCACACAAUACCUUAGUGAUUUUUAUAUUAUUCUAACUUCUCACAUAACUGUCUGUUUACUUCAGCAAGGGAUGCAGAUUUUUCUUUGGCUGUUCUUCGAAGGCUGUUGGACUUUGACACCAUGGUUAAACUACCGGUUGCUUCCGCCUGUUCAGAGAGCCUAUCAGCUGAUUUUGUGAGUUCACAAAUAUCUGCUUCGAUUCUUUGUUUCUUGGUCUUGAGUUCAUCUAUUUCAUCUGUGAUAUUUUUUCGUUUUAACUUCUGCUGUUCUGUUUCUUUCUUGCGCCUUUUCUCUUCCAAAAAGCUUUGCCAUUUUUGGCGUGCGCUUGCUGCUGAAGCUAUCAGAUCAUUUGUAAUGUUUACAUUUGAGACACCACCAACAGAUGUAACAUGCUGACAAAUGAUUCUCUGCGAAAUUACUGUACGGUCAUGCAUGUUUUCUACUUCAAUUUGCCUGUUAACUGAGAAACCUCUCUCAACAGAGGCUUGUCCAUGUGACAAAAUCAGCAGCAUUUUCAUCACACACCAUAAUCCUACGUAGUUGGAACUAGAGUUUGCACUACCAAAUAACAAUGAAUCCAAACGGUCAGCUUCAGGUUUGAAAUUUCGAAACUGUGAUGACGAACCAAACUCCAUAAUAAAAUCUUUGUAAGCUGAAAGUAAUGCAUCGCAGUCUGUUUCUUCAACUCGCCCUGCAUCUACCAAAAUUUUCAAUACUAAUGAAAACCGGGUAGUGCAAAUUUUUUGGUCAUUCAUUUCUCUAGGGUCCAAACAACUGAGGUUCCUAACAACAGAAUAUUGUAAAGGACACUUGUUCAACAACUUUUUCACAAUUUCCAAGAGAAAAUCACGACAUUCCAUUCGUAACUGUAUAAUGUCACGAUCCUUGCUUACAUUCUUGUGAACCAAAUCUUUUACUCUAUUUUCUGCAGCAAAUCCUAAAUAGACUUUGGUUGCUGGCAAAUGGUUUUCUUUCUUUGCAACUUCAACUCUGACAAGUUUGCCACAAGAAUUUGCAUUCUUCAUAAUAUCAUCUUUGAUAAACCUUUCCAUUAGGCUUCGCAGCAAUUUCAACAUAUCUUUCCCUGAAAAUGGCAGAACUGGCUUAUCAGUUUGAUAUGCUAUCAAAAAUGGUUCCACUUCUUUGGCAAUUGACUGAAAUAAUAGCAGUUUUACAGGCGUGAGUGGGUCAGCUGCCGCUACUUUGAUGGCCAUGAAAGAUUUGGUGUUGGGGUUGGGAACAUUUUUGUCUGUUACAGACUUUACAUACUUGAGCAUAUGAGGCCACAUUUCAAUAGCACGAGCUGCAACUAUCGAAUUCUCUAUCCACCUAACAGCACAAAAUUUUAAAGGAAAAAGAGUACUACUGGUCACAUUCACAUAAUCUUCCCUCCUAGCUGGAGAGUCCUUAAAAAGAUAAUACAUACUUGACAAAAUUCUCUCCACAUCCCAGGUAGAUGAAACUGAUCCAUACUUAAAUGCACCAUGAAGUAUGUGUAACCCACAACUGCAAGUUUGUAUCACUGUUUUAUUUGUGUCUUUCUUCAGUUGAUCACAAACCAUGUCGUAAAAUUUCCAAUUGACAUUUGGACCAUCCAUGGAGAGCUGCAGUAAAGGCAUGCUGGGAAGAAAAAUUUCAGAACUGAGUUUUUCAUACGAACUAAACAUGUCUUCUGCAGUUGCAUGUCCAAAGAAACUAGAGUGCAUAUAGCAUGAGACGACUUUGUCGGUAUCCCAAUAUCUAAUAUGGUAAUCCAAUUGCUUCUGAUGAAGUUUUCGGUUAACACUCUCGUCAAAAAGCAGAACAUACAAAUCUUCCUUUCGAAUUUUUUCCAUGAGUAAGGACCUAAAAUAAGGUGCUAUCCCAAAACAACACAUAUAGGCACACUUUGUUUCUCCCAACGAAAAGCCUUUGGCAACACUGCUAUCAGGAAACAUUUGUCUGAACAAGGGCCCAAUAUCCUCACAGGACUUGUAUGAAAAAUGGUUACUGCAUAUUUUAAGGGCCCACAGAAUUUCUGCUUUUAAAGUGUCCUGGCCAGUAAUAAAAGAACUAAUCAGGCCUACCUGCUGAUCUUGAGAAUUCUGGAUAUCUGGUUUCACGACUGCUAAACUUGUAGAUUGGCCAUCUUGUGAAGGCUGUUUACCACCGAGAUAUACUUGUAUUCCAAGUUUUGGCUUCUCACUUGCCAGAGCGACAUGUUUCUUCCCACCCAUAUGACUCGUUAACGCCGAUACACCCAUGUUACUGAUAUCGAAAACACUACUACAUAAACCACAUUUGGCUUUAUUUCUGUCAGUCGUUUUUUGUAGCCAUUUACUGAAUUUUGGGUUACGUAACCACAAAUCGUUAAAAGUACAGUUUCCAGGCAUUUUGAGAAAAAAUGUUAACAGUAUCUCUCAAGUUGCAUAGGUACAUAAAAACACCAAAAGCACUAUCAAACACGUUGAAGGAAAAUAAUAAGAGAAAGUGUGAAAAAAUGUAGUUUUUACAUACGACAGCCGCAAAAAUUAAAUCAAAAUGCAAACAAAUAGGCUAUUUGAUGCAAAUAUCAAAGCCGGCAAAAAAAUCUUUUCGCAACUCGUAGGAAGUAUAAACUAAAAACGAAGUCGGAACUGAUAUUAAAACAUUUCUAGAAAUAACACUUUUCCCUUUCCAAUCACUCCGACAAUGCCAUACAAUUACAGAAGCAUGUAAAUCCGGAAAAAGUACAAAGCAAAACCACCAUCUUGCAUCUAACUUCUUUUGUUUGUACCACAUUUACCAUACUAUACCAUAUUUAUCCUGCAUAUUUUAAAAAUCGAUACCACAACUACCACGCGAUACCACAUUUACUCUUGUGUACCAAACUAUAUCCAAUAACACAGUUACGCAAAGCAUUAUUACGCACCAUAACCGAUAAAUGUCGUUGCCAAUAGAACACGAGAAAUUCCCAAAUCCAUUUUUUUUUUUUUACGAAAAUUCACUCGGUUAUCGUCUGUUCACGUCAAGCAAAUUAUAUUCUAGAAAUAAGAAACAAAUUAUGGUUUUGUAUUCCUAAGCUAGGAUUUUAACGAUGGGAAACUAACUGGAAUAUUAUGUUACCUGAAAAUUCAAGGACUUUCCAAGGACUGGAUUGAAUUCAAGGACUUUUCAAGACCUUUUAAGGACAUGGUAAAAGUUCCAGGACAUUCCAGGACCGUACGAACCCUGUAAUAAUUCCUUUCAAUUCUGACGGUUACUCUUUGUACUUCAGCCAGUUUAGUUUCUGAGGUUUUCGUAUGGCGCGGCCGUGGUCGCGGCAGCUAGGGGUAGUCAUCACGCCGAGCCGCGAGAGCGCAGCACCGUCGGUUUCUCGCGAAAACGAGCGAGCUGUCCUGUAUUCUCCCUCUACAGUAUUUGUGCUAAGUGAGGGAUAGGUGUAACUAUAUUUAUUUUUAUACCUGACAUUUCUCUGGAAUACCACAGGGCACAGCUGGCACUAUUUAAAGAACCAUUCAGAGAAAGAAUUAAAGUACUUAAAUAAUCUCAAUCUAUCACAUCAAAAAAGUUUUUAAUACUUGUUAAAUUAUAUUGGUUUGGAAGUUAUUUUAUACACAUUGUGUUGUGUAUUUGUGCUUUUCAGCAGAAAGCACAUACCCUGGAAUGCUUUGUAUUUUCCAGUUGAUGGAGUAACCAAUGUACCUAUAAAAUUAGACAAAAAUUUUUCUGGAAAUAAGGAAUGUUGUGAAUUACAAAUUGUGUUGAAGGGUGAAGGGGGGUGGGUUAAUUUUUAUUAAAUAGGUCUGUGAAUAAAUGCAUCAUGCAAGUAUGUGAUAACUACACUUUUAUGUCUUUGUAUCAAUUAUGUUUAUGAAUUAUAUGUACAUUUUUAUAGAGAAAAUUUUAUGAGAAAAUAAAAAUAUAUUUUUAUACAGCAAA